AUGGAUACCUUCCCUCAUCUGCCCUCCCGCCACAAAGUCAGGCCAAGCGAUGAUAUAUCCGCUUACGAGCCCUUCAACACCAGCCAAGAGCAUCGCGGACUUGGCAACCCCAUCAGGAGACAACGCUGCGACCUCUCAGAGAUCGCAGCACUUACAUUGAGCUUUUGCUGUAGUAUCGUUGGUCUUAUUUGUUGCUUUCAUCCAGCCACUGCAGCGAGCCUUGAGCAAAAGUAUCAGCUUAUCGUUGUUGGCUUGAUGCUAUCGCUCAUGGACCUUUGCACCGCCAAGCUGUCCACUAUCGUCUUCCUACAACUUGAAACACGAUGGGCGAGCCUCCUCCAGAACUACGAUUCGAUCAUUAAGAAGAGUAUUUUGGGUAGUCUUUUGAACUGGCGUCGGGGCAGUCAACGAUGGACACUACUUCUCUCAGCAUCGCUUGCGUUCCCACUGCUUCUUAGUAUUGGUUACAAGAGCUUUGUUGGUGGAAGGGUCACAACUGAAGUAAAUGCCAGCGGCGGCCAAUAUGGUCUUACUGGCCCUGUUGGCUUUGCUAACUUUGCCUCUGGCGCUUCUCUCAUGGUCAACGCUACCAUCCCCUUCUUCUUCAGCAACGCAACCAGGCUACCCUCUCAACCACAACCAUUUGGUUUUAAUAUGCUACUACUGAAGGAUGAUAGCAUAAGUGUUGCGAUGUUGGACGGACCAAGUCCAUCGUACGUCAAAAGCAUAAGGGCCGAGAUUCGAGGCCAGCAGUCAUAUACUGUGUCUGCUGACGUCUUUGGCUUGGCUUGGCAUCUCAACCAAGAAGUUGACAAUCAGCGCGACAACGAUACGUGGUGGAACAACCUUUUUGAAUCAAGUGAUGAUAAUGCGCCACAGCCCAUAUCUCUUUACAAAGAGAAAAAGUGGUUAUCGACCCUAUGGCCUCAAGGUCAAGUGGACCGGUUCUUCGUCCUUCUCACACCGCAUGUAGGGCCUUCGAAAGAAGAUAGGAACAUAAGACCUUCAAAGAAAAGGUUUCAGAAGGAGGCGCUCGAGUUCACAAGCCAACGGCUGAACUGUCACGGGAAGUGGAAGAUUACAGCUAAUUCAGUCAACCUUAUUAAGGGUAGCUGCGCUGGAAGCUUUGUGAAAACAUUCCCAGAUGGUUGUAGAACUCUUCAUCUGAAUGAUGCUAGGUACCUGCUCAGCGAUUUUGUUAGUGACCUACUGACGGCCAAUCUGGAUGAAACAGCUCAGAUAAGGUUCACGGCUGUGGUGUCUUCUCUUCUCUGGUCUAGACUGGCCGCCUUUUGUGGCAUUGGCUCCUCGGUCAACGACUUGAAAGCUGGAGAGCGUGAACAGUUCGAGUAUCAUCGGCCUGACAAAGCUUGGAAGACUGUCACGGUACUCAAAAAAUCUCCUCUUCUAUCUAUCGUUCUACUCGCUCAGCCUAUCGUCGGCCUGAUACUCCUUAUCGUACGCAUCGCAUUUUGUUCGUCCCCUGUAUCUGGGGGCUUUGGUCUCAUUAGCGUGUUGGCAGGACAUGUGUUUCAUGAACGCGAUACUCUUAGCGGUGCAGGGCUAUCCGGAGAUGUCAAGGAACGCAUUGAGCUGGCUUUCGUCAGGGAUGGUGAUAGGUGCGAUGACGGAGGUGAGAGGCUUCGAUUCAAGCUGAGGGAAGCAAGGAAUUCGAUGCAUCAUGAUCGAAUGGAGCUGAAGCCUGAGGUCAACUACCACUGA